CCAAACUCCAAACGAACGCUGAAAAUGGGUUCCAUUUCCAUCUCUAACAAUCACACCAGCUUACUACUUGCUCCUCAUUCGUAUUCAUUAACACAGCCAAAUAUUUUCUACUCUCAAUUCAUCAACUUCCCGAAAACCCCAUUUUGUAAUUCAUACCCAUUACUAUCAUCAUCACUUAUAAAUCUUAUCGCCAACAGAACCCCUAGGUGUGUUGUAACCGCCAAAAAGAAAACCCCCUCUUCAGAACCAGUUCUCAGUCCUUCCAUUGUUGAAGAAGUGUCAGAGGAUGAUGAAUUUGAAGAAUUUGAUGAUGAGGAAUUCGAUGAUGAUUAUGAUAUUGAAGAUGAGUACGCGUUAGAAGAUGACGAACCCAAAGCUGGAGAUGGAGGUGGAGGAGGUGGAAUUUCACUUGCUGGGACUAAAUGGGACAAACAAGUGUUAGAAAUGGCUGAACAAGUUUCCAUGUCUUUUGAUGGAGAAUUGGGAAUAUAUGCUUUCAAAACUUUACAAAAUUCUGCCAUUCGAGUGCGCAUUGAAAGGCUUACAAACAAAUCGGGUUCUCCCACCAUGGAAGACAUUGAAGCUUUCGCAAAGGCAUACAGAGAACGAUUAAAUGAGGCUGAGGCUGAUGGAUCUAUUCCUGAUAUAUCAAUUGAGGUAUCUUCACCUGGACUUGAGAGGGUGGUUAGGGUUCCUCAAGAUCUUGAGAGGUUUAAAGAUCGUCCCAUGUAUGUGAGAUACACAACUGAAGGUGAUGAUGUGGAACGUGAUGGUGUUUUGAGGCUUGAAUCUUUCCGACUUGGAAACUAGGCGUUGUAUUUGGGGUUUAGCAGAUGUUAAGGUUAAUCGAGAAAAGGCGGGAAAAGGAAGACCACUUAACAAAAAACAAAAGGAGUGGCGACUCGAUACCCCCUUUCAAUCUUUGGUUUUAGUUAGGAUUUAUGCUGAUUUUUGAAUGUGUAUCAUAUGCUACAUCAAGUUAACAUUUUAAUAAAAAAUUUGGUAAUGUCACAAUAACUUAAUACAAGGUGUACAAAUGAGGAAG